AUGGCAUGUAACUUGGCUCAUCGACGUAAGGAAGUCACGGGGGGCAGGAGGGUACUGCCAAAUCACAACCGACCAACGGCUUUCGUUCAACGACCAAACGCUGCUGUAUCUCGAUUCAUGGCUACUCAGUACACUGCCAAUGAAAGCAGGGAAGCAUUUCUUGAGGAAUCAAGGAACGCUACUUCCGCUUGCACGCAGGGAUCGCUCACUGUAGCAGUCAAACCACUUGAUGCGACUAUAGAUGGAGAUGUACGUCAAAGGGUCACUGAGGUGGCAAUGGUGGAAAGCAGACAGCUUGAUAACAGAAAGCAGAAGUACCGCCUUUGGUUGACUAAAUUUCACGCGGAGGCGGAGUUCUACUCAAACCAUGUUUUCAACGAAGGGCACUUUUUUCAGGGACGAUUCUCCAUUGGUGGAAAGCGUAAGAAUAAGUGUCACGAAUAUCUUCAAGAGAUGCCCAUUCCCGAAGGGGUUCGAGGAUACUUUGACAAGGAGGCGGGAGAGUUGGAAAUUGCAUUUCUUUUUCGGCACUUGCUUGUGCAAGCCUAUACUUUGUACUUACAGUUGCACGUCGAAGCAAUGCAUAAAAAUCGUAAGAACGGCGCCUGUUAUGAAGUAUAUCAUGAGGUUCUUGGAUAUGUGCGUGACAGUCACAACCUCUUGAGACAGGUCGAUGAGCCCACACUUGUGGCCAUAGCUGCCAGGAGGCUGCCUUGUGCUGCGGAAAGUGGACGACUUGUAUGGCAAAUCCAUAAAUUGGGUUUUCCAUCCACAGCGGCUUAA